AUGGAUGAUUCUACUCCUCAUGAAUUUGUGUCUGUCGCACCUGAAGUCUUGUCUCCUGCCUCCGUAUUUACCGCUCAAACUGUCACAGUCGCGUCGCUAUGCCUUGCUUUGUUUCUUCUAGCUGUAUUUAUCGUCUCUACGAAGAGGAAGGCAGGAUCUAAGGGCGACUCUUUGCUUCUAGUUGGCUCUUCUGAUGCAGGGAAGACCGCCAUCUUGUCCACUUUAGUCUACAAGCAGACUCUGCAUACACAUACAUCCAUGCAGACCAAUUCUGCUGUAACGACCUUACCAGUUUCUCACAAAGCGUUGCGAGUUAUUGAUGUCCCGGGUCACCCUCGACUCCGGGAUCAAUUCCAAGAAUAUCUUCCUGAAGCGAAGGCGGUUGCGUUUGUCGUCGAUGCAAGCACCAUCUCUCGAACAGGUCCUGCAGUGGCGGAGCACCUCCAUCAAGUUUUACGUGCACUCACAUCUCUUCCACCUUCUCAGACCCCGCCUGCCCUCCUUAUCGUUGCACACAAGUGCGACCUUCUCAAAGCCACUCAUCAAACGAGCCCGGAGCAGCUUGCUAUUAACCGCGUCCGCACUGUUCUCGAGCGAGAGCUGGAGAAACGUAGGGCUUCGCACGCUAGCGGUGUCGGCGUAGAGAGUCUCGGGGCGGAUGACACGGAAUCUGAGAUGGGCGGACUGGAGUGCAGCGAGUCGGGAGAAUUCAGAUUCGCCGAAUGGGAAGGCGGGGAAGUCGCAUUUGUGGGCACUGCUGUGCCUGUGAGUAAAGUCGCAUCUGCGACCGACGAGAAGAUCGCAGAAGAUGAGCAUAUGUUACAGCUGAGACAGUGGCUGGAAGAGUUGUGA